CCAUGAAACGCCAAUGGGUGUACUUAGUUUAUGCCGAUCCACGGUAGAGAAGUCGCGUACCAAGAGCUCGCACUGUCACUGUGUGCUGGUUUUUCGCGUUAGUUGCCCUUCUUGCCCUGAAUACUCAACCUGCCCACUCUACUUUAUUAGUUCGCGCUUCAGAGAGCUGUGACUGGACGGAGAACCUUGUCUAUCACCGUGCCGGACCUUUUUUUCCUGCGUACGGCUGAAGAAGCACCCGCAGCAGAAAGCAUGUAACUGUAUCACAACUUCCAAUUAAGAGAGAACAAGCUGAUCAGUUGAUUGCUGCUGUGAAAUCAAGGAAUUUCAAGCCUUCGAGAACCACAGUUCUCUGUUCGAAACAGUUUGGUGGCGGCAACUACCACUAGCGGUUAUCGUUAAUACGUGUAAUGGGAACUCCGCUAAAACAUGCUCGAUUAAAGCCCUGCGUGGUGGCAUCUAUCUUCGUUAAUGAACAGAGUGCAUCGGAGGCGCCGAGAGCAGCAUUCUUGAAGAGUCCAGAAGAUGAAGAUGACUUCACAGCAGAACCGUUACAUGGAGCAGCACCAGGUCUGGUUUGUGAGGAGGGACAAGCUGUGGAAACAUCACCAGAGCCAGCAUGUGAAUCGAACCACAUUACUCAUAAAUCGGUUCAAGUGCGACUACAUACCCGCAGUGAAGCGUCCCAAGCAAAUCAAGGGAAAAUUCUAUCAACAACUGCAACGCAAACAGAAUCACAAGCUCUUUCUUCAAGCCCCUUGUCCUGUGCGUCCUUGGAACAUUCUUCUCCGCUGGCAUCUGUACGAGGCCGAUUUCAUUCCUGCCAGCAGUGCAGUUAUGUGACUCUGGACAAGUCAACUAUGAUCAGACAUGUUCGGAAACACUUGGGCGAGCUCCCCUUCCAGUGCCACUUGUGUCCAUCUGCAUUCACUUGCAAAUCCAGGCUGGUGACGCAUGUGCGCAACCACACAAGACAGCGCCCCUUCACCUGUGGACAGUGCAGUGCGUCCUUUUUUACUAAGAGUCAGCUCAUUGUGCACAUGCGCAGUCACACGGGAGAGCGGCCAUUCUCCUGUGUCCACUGCGGUGCGUGCUUUGCUCACACAAGCAACCUCGUAAAUCACAUUCGUCGCAGACACACAGGCGAGCGUCCAUUUUCCUGCGUCCACUGCAAUGCUUCUUUUGUACUGAAAAAGACCCUCGUUCGUCACAUCCGCAAGCACACUGGAGAGCGUCCAUUUUCUUGUGCCCAGUGCUGUGCAUCUUUUGCAGGCAAAAACAACCUCAUGCGACACAUUCACUCACACACAGGAAAGCGUCCCUACUCCUGUGUUCAUUGCAAUGCAUCGUUCACGCAGAAGAGCCACUUUAAUGAGCACUUGCGCACUCACACAGGAGAGCGUCCGUUUUCCUGCACCCACUGCGAUGCCUCCUUUGCACGUAAAUGCAAUCUUGUAAAGCACAUGCGCCUACACACUGGAGAGCAGCUUUUUUCCUGUAUUCAGUGCAAUGCUUCCUUUUCUAUGAGAGUCAGUCUAAAUCGGCACGUGCGUGCUCAUGCAGGAGGGCGUCCUUACUGUUGUGCCCACUGCAACGCAUCUUUUUCUUUGAAAAGCAGUCUAAAUCGGCACAUGAACACUCACACUGGAGAGCGUCCUUACUCCUGUGUCCACUGCAAUGCAUCCUUUAUGCAGAAAAGCCAUUUUAUCGAGCACAUGCGCACUCGCAUAGGAGAAUGUUCUUUCUCCUGUACCCACUGCGAUGCGAUCUUUGUACGGAAAGGCAAUCUCGUGAGGCACAUCCGCAUGCACACUCGAUAACUGUCCUUCUCUUGUCUCUAUUGCAAUGAGUACAUAGUGAAAAAAGGCUCAUGUGACCCACCCGCCUGCACACAGGAGAUGGUCCAUUUUUCUGUGUCCAUUGCAAUCCAUCCUUUUGUGUGAAAUGCGAACUCAUUAACCACAUGCGAUAAAUCAGGAGAGCGGCCCUUUUCGUCAGAAGGCCACCUGAUCGAGCACAUUCACACUCACAGUGAACAGCAGCCCUUGUGUUUGUCAUAAUAAACCCUUCGGUUGAAGAAACGGCAAUGUGACAUAUACGCACGCACACAGAAAAAUGUCUCUUAAAUGCAAAGCGUCUCUUUCUCGGGCCUAUAUCCGACCCCAAAGGUGGCAUCCAAACUCACACUAUGCAUGCGCAACUCUUGUUUGUCUCUUCCUCUCGAACAGGUGCGCGUUAGUCUCCACUUCUUUUCUACCACCUGUUCGCGCUCACUCCCCCCUCUCUCUCCUCUAGGCAUCCCUCCCAGUUGUGUUAGCACCCCAAUUGUGCAUGCGCAUUCCCUCUCCUCUCCUAGGUUUUUUCUUUUUCACCUCACAACGACGAGACAUGGAGCGCUUGCUAACCUACGCUCGCUCCCCCCUCUUCUCUAGGCAUUCCUGCCCACGGUGAUUACACUGUAAUUGUGCAUGCACGUUCUUUACCUCUCUCAUCUGCGCGCACGCACGUUCUUUACCACUAGCGAGGUGCAACUUUCUUUUUCUCCCGCGGAGUGUCCUGGAUUUUUGCCACCGACUGCACCACUCGCUCAGGCUCCGGAAACUCUCAAGUUGCAGCGAUGGCCGCAGAGAGCGAAAAAAUUGAGCGCAGCGAGUUCUAUUGAAAUGCGCAUAUAGUGAAGCUACUAACUCCUCUUUUAGCAGUCGAAUAAGUUAGUGUGCACUUUUCUUGCUGGGGGCGCUACUCCAAUAAUUUUUUUACUUGAAGAAGUUGUUUUGCACAAGCUAAUCAAUCACUCAAACAUGUCAUUUUGGCUCUGACAAAUUGGGAAGUCAUUAUACGUAAACGUGAUUUGUGGAGCUGCUUUCAACUGAAGAAUAAACAUUUUUAAAGGGGAA